AUGUCAGAGUCCGAGGGCUUUCCCGGACAUCUCUCGGCAGAUAGGCGCCUCUUCUUCGCGGCCCUAUUCGCCCACGGCUCCGCACGAGUCUUGUCCAAAGUGGCCUCGGCACCGAUUGAGCGUGUGAAGGUCUGUCUGCAGGUGGGCACUACUUCGACGGUCGCCUCCUUCCGGGAGCCCUUCCGGGAGCAGCCGGGGGCCAGGCUACUGCAGCACUUCCGCGACAUUCUCCACAGGGAGGGCUAUCGCGGGCUCUGGCGUGGAGCUGGAACGCAUGUCACUGCAACUUGCUUGGGUGGAGUUGCUCGCUUGAGUGCUCUUCGCACCACUCAGAUGUGGGUUAUGCCGGGUGGUGACCGGCACUACCAGGGCCUCGAGGGCUACGUUCGCCGAUGUUCGUUUUUAUUUAUGUCGGGUGCGGGCGCGCUGACACUCGUGUACCCUCUGGAUGUCGCCUACACUUGCUUGGCAGCAGACUGUGACAGCAGGCGACGCUUUCGGGGUGUUUUCCACUUCUUCCGAGAAGCCGCGCGCGAGCACGGGGUGCUGAGCCUUUACCGCGGCCUGCCGUUGGGACUCCUCACGGCCUUCCCGUUCCUCUGCAUCGCAACCGGCCUGCACGAUCUGCUGGCCCCGUGGUUGAUGAAGCGCAUGGGUCACCGACCAAGCAUCGAUCACAAUCCACCACAGCCUGGGGAUUUGUUCUGGCUGGUGCGGACGGGCGCACCAGCUCAUUUGUACCCCUGGAAUUUAGUGGUCGGGGCCGCUUCGGGCCUCGUCGCUCAAACGGCCACGUAUCCCCUGGACACCUUGCGCCGAAGGUGGCAGCAAACAUGUGCUCGUCCACGCUGCGAUGCGCCGGCAUCCCUGCGGGAGUGUGCCCGCAGCUUGUAUGCUGAGCGUCGACUGGCCGGCUUCUAUGCUGGAGUUGGACUGAACUCCCUGAAGCUUCUACCAGAGAUCGUGGUGCUGAGCAGUGUGUACUUCUUGAUCAACGCCUCUGGAAACUUCCUGGUGGCUAUCCCAGAGCAGCUUCGUGUCCUCGUUUCGCUGACGGCCCCAAAGAUGUGUGCCGUACACUUUGCUGGUAGACACUUCCUGGGCGGCCGUUUUGUUCCUCCGUCCAUCGUGGAGAAGUAUGCCCUGCGAUUGCCGGCAUAUCCGGGAGUGAGCCAGGAGAAGGAUUUGAAUGGUCUCAGUCUCGAUGAAGGUGCAGCUUAUCGUAAGCGAUUCGAAUGUCGUGGCGGCUUCCCGGCCCGCCUCUCCGGAGCAGUGCAAGAGCCCAGGUAUGCAGCUCACAGGGAGCUCAUGGCUCAUGACAACGGAGCUGGUGAGAUCGAGGAGUACAUCGAGGAGAUGCCGCCAGCGACGGAGCCUGUGAAGCGGCUAGGCGAUAUCGUGAAGGUGGAGGAAAUCCCCAGGCCGGGGUCCUCGGCCUCAACGGCCUUCGACUCCAGACCCGGCUCCGCAGUGAGGCCCGGUUCUGCGAUGUCAUGGGAGACCGGCCGGCCCCAAUCUGCGAGGCGACCGUACCCACCACUGUCCAGGCCCACCUCAGCUGUCGUUCGACCCUCAAGGCCAUCCUCGGCCAGGCCGCAAUCGACUUUGCCGGCUGUCUCGCCGAGUGUUACCAGUGAGGAUACUGGCACCAGAAGCUCACAAGAUCCAAGGCCCCACCAACGUGAGGAGCCGACAGGUGAUACGCUGAAUGAUUUGGAGCAGGAGGUCGCCAAAAUCAAUGCUGCACAGCCUCGCUCGUCGCCAUCUCAUCCCAGAGAUGGAAGGCCACGGCGAACCAGCAGGACAUCCGUCAACUCCACUUUGUCGGACCACUAUGAGUACGAAGGUCGUGACAUUGCUGCCGGAAGCCCCAACCUGAGCGAGGCAGGCAACGAGCCUGACUCGAGGCCGGUGGGCCCUCUUGCUCGAGUUCUUUCUGAUAUGGAGGAGGAUCGGGAGGGGGAAGUCGUGGAAGAGCCCCCCGCCGAGCAGCAAGGGGCCAAGCUUGGGGAGUUCAGCAUCAUCACCAUCCGGAGGUUGUUUGAUGAGCUAGACACCGAGAGGAAAGGCUUCGUCACCCGGAGGGAGCUUCUCUUUGCGCUGAACUCGAGGGAGGAUCUCUAUCAGCAAUUUUGCUACUUCUACCUCCGGUCCGCGGAGCAGGAAGGUCCUGAAGAUCUGGACCGCUUGCAGGCGGCCGACCUCCCCGUGGUGGACGACUGGCUAAGCGCUCACAGAGCAGCGAACAUCCAGCGAACUGAAUGGGAGACGCAAGCCCACAGCUAUGUCUUUGAGGAGGCCCCAACGAAACAAGUUCGCGGCAGGAAGAGCUUGAUUUUCCGCCGAAGCCUAGAAUUCCUGGACGAGGCAUACAAACAGGUGUGCCUGCUUCGUGCACCGACUCAGGUUGGCUCGAGCCAAAGGCUCUACCAGAAGUGCUACAACAUCACCUUGGAGAUUCUGAUUCACUACUUCAGGAUGCAAGGCUUGCUCCUGGAGUACCAGACCGCACCGAUUCUGAAUCUUCUACCCGAAGACCGAACGGUCUGGGUGGAUCAAGUCCCGCCGGUGUUCCAAGCUCUUCAAGCGAGCAGAGGUGGUGCAACCACGGCUGAGGUUCUCGGCGAGUUCAGCUCAGAGGGAGCAUCCGGCCUGGUAUUCCAGGACAAGGAGCUGCUUCUUGAUGACUGCCCCUCUCCGCUUGGCCUCGGUCCUGCGAUGCCGAACCCGAACCCCCUCCACGGGGCUGUCAGUGCACUCCAGGUGCUGCUGAACCAGGCGUCGAAGCACGAGGCUGCAGCAGACAGCCCAAAGAGGAGCGGCAAGGGAGUGCAGGGUCAGUUUCGUGAAGCGACUGCGAAUGUGGCAGCGGUUGCAGCAAGGUUUAAGACUGUGGCUAAGGUGCCGGCUGUCAAGCUGCUGUGCAGGAUCGAUCCUUUUGUCGAUGUUCGGGAUGCCACGGAGGUUUGCGGACUGAACCGGCUAGCGGCAGCGCUCGGCGAGGAAAGUCUUGUGAGCACGAAGGCCUCUGCAGAAGACCUGUGGGACUCCCUGGCCUCGGGGAAGGCUGCCGACGGGCCUUGGGUUCUCUUUGUAUGCGUAGUUCUGAAGCUCAGUGCCCAUCGCAAGACCUGGAUACCUGGACCCUGUUCCCGUAACGUGCAAUUGUGUCAUGCGGAGGGCGAGGCGAAGAAGCCAAGCUGCCGGCGGGCACAGGUAUCCACGACCGUGGCAAGUCUGAUGCAACAGAUCAAUCAGUUGGAAGAUGCAGACUUUCAAAACAUCUGUGGGCUGAUCGACAAGGCCCGCGAGGAACGGCUGAGCCCUAUGGUUCUCGUCACAGUCCGCCAGCUGGGAGGAGAGCAUCUCCUUGGACCGCAGCUGAUGCCACCGUCGACUACGACGCUGAAGCUGAAAGGGCUGCUGUCUGCCUCGAUUGGGGCACGGGUUGAGGAGAUGGACCUCCUUUGUGGCACGGCCGUCCUAGAACCGACAGACACACUGGCAUCGUUGGGCGAUCACUUCCAGGGAAUUUUGGACCUCAUCCGGCGUGCGGAGCGGAUGAGAAUUGAGAAACACAGGAUUCCUGGGGCUUUCAUUGCCACGAGCUGUGGGAACCGUCAGUUUCUGGUUGUUCCAGGCGCCAAGGCCUGGGACGAGGAACACCUCUAUCAGCCAGAUGUUGCAAGCCAGGACAAGCUGAAGCAAUUGCAAAUCUCGGAG